AAUUUCAGACGUUUGCGUCAACGAGCGGAAUAGAACCUGAUAACGUUGUAAAUCAACAACCACAAAUUGAUUUAUUUCAAAACGAUCCUUCUAGACCUUCUGAUGAAUAUCCAGGAAAAGAGCAAUAUGGUCAACAAGACGGUGAAAAUAUUCGCAAGUUUCAAGCUAAUGAACCUUUAUCCAAUGAAGAUCAAGAACGAAAGAAGUCAGAAAACGUAAUUUCAACCGGUAUAGACCAAUUAAAGAAUACAACCGAAUGUAAAGACUUGAUCGAACGUAUUCCUGGUUUAUAUCGUUUAUUAGACUUAUGCAAAGACGAUGGUUCGAAUGGUCUUGUCGAUAAAAUAAUUAUCUCCAAGGAGUUUAUAAAGAAACUAUGCGAUGAUAUAGUUCCAUCAAGUUUUAAGUCUAUUUCUGAAAUCAAUUUCUGUUCGCCUUAUUGGAUUUUACGGAAAUCGCCAUUUAUUUCGCAGCCUUCUAUCGACAACUCAAAUUUACGUCCUGGUAUUUAUUUACUGGUUGUGAUUUCAGAUUUCGGUAUAGUUAUUAAUUGGCCCGAAAUAGGAUGCUACGAGGAAAAUGCUUCUUCGCAAUGCAAAAAGAAUAUGACUAACUUACAUAGAUAUUUGACAAAGGUUACCGAUCAUCAGCUUUGCCUUAUGAGUGAAGAAGAUUUAGAAAGUUUCGAUUGGAAUUUAUACAAUACUGAUAGUGAUUCAGACGACGAUAAAGGGUUUCAUGAAUAUGAAGUCAAGAAAAGUCAGGAA